UUUAAGCUAUCUGAUAGAGCUAGCCAUGUAUAUAGUGAAGCUAAUAGAGUUUUACAAUUUAAGAUGUUAUGUGAUGGUCUACUGCAGGAUAAAACUAUCAGUAAAUUAGGAGAGUUAAUGAACACUAGUCACAAUAGCUGUAGAGAUUUAUAUGAAUGUAGUCAUCCCGAACUAGAUAACCUUGUUGAAAUUUGCAGGAAAUCAGGAGCUGUAGGAUCAAGGUUAACGGGAGCAGGGUGGGGUGGAUGUGCUGUUUCCAUGGUGAAAGCAGGUGAUGCUGUAUCAUUCCUAGCUAAAGUUAGAGACCAAUAUUAUAAACCACAUGAAGAUCGAGCUCAGAAAAUUCUUACAUCUUUAUUUGCCAGUGAACCUGGACCAGGUGCAGCAAUAUAUACUCUUUAA